AUGUACACACUUACGAAGGGGAGCUAUAAGUAUCUGUUCCAGAAAGACGAAUACUAUGUGGUGGUGAUCGGCAUGGACAAUGCUGGGAAAUCGACACUAGUGGAAAGAUUCAAAGCCACAUAUAAUAAAAACUACAGAGGCUUCAGACCGGAGACCAUAACUCAGACAAUCGGCUUAAACGUUGCCAGAUUUGGGGUAAGCAGCGUGAAGCUGGUGCUUUGGGAUCUGGGAGGCCAACAAGACCUGCAUUCCAUUUGGGAGAAGUAUUUCGCAGAGGCUCACGGGAUUAUAUAUGUUAUCGAUGCGGCAGACAGGCAAUCUCUGGACCAAAGUCGGUUAGCUUACAAUAAAAUGCUGCAGAAUGCGGACUUGGCAGAUAUCCCCCUGCUGAUUUUGGUAAACAAACUGGACGUUCCUGAUCCCGUACCACUGGCAGAUAUCAAUGCUAUGUUCUCUACAUUUGCCAGUGUAAUCGGUGACCGGCCUGCAAGGGUGCAUCCUAUAUCCGCAAUGACAGGAGACAACUGCAAGGAAGGGGUGGAAUGGCUGGUAUCAUGCCUGAAGCUGAACAUUCGACAACCAAACCAACCCAGUAUCUCUUAA